CUUGUCACCAUGAGGUAUUUUCCGACUGGAACUAUUCCCCUGAGGGGAGUAAAUAUAUAAGAAUGGCAUUCCAAAGAGCACAGAGCGAAACGUCGAUUCGAAAUAAUAAUAUUCAAAAAGUCAAGAAAAGAAUCAUAAACCGAUACGCACAAUAAAUAUAUUAUAUAAGCCUAUCAAAGGAGGAUACUUGAUCCUAGGAAACCCAUCAUGACUGACUCGUCUUUUCGGAGCAAUAUUACCGUAACUUAUAUCGGCACUGCAACCGCAAUUCUAGACAUAGACGGUAUUACCUUUUUAACCGAUCCGUACUUCUCGCCCGAGGGCACCACAUGGGAUGUCGGCAUCGCUCAGUUAACUAGCCACUACGAACCAGCCAUCUCCCUUUCCCAGCUGCCACCCAUCGAUGCCGUCCUCCUCAGUCACGAGGACCAUCCUGACAACCUGGAUGAGUUAAGCCGGCAGCGUCUGCUUGACGGCCGGCGUGUUUUGACCACGGUUGACGGCGCCGCGAAGCUCCGCCCCAGACCAGGCGUACAGGGUUUGAAGCCUUGGGAAGCAACACACCUGACUAUAGGCAGUACUCGCUUCGAGGUGACUGCUACGCCGUGCCAACACUUACCCGGUGGGGAGUGCACGGGUUUUGUUCUUACGACGCCCUCGUUCGGAAAGACAGGCGACCUUCCGAACGCCGUAUUCUUCUCCGGCGACACUAUCUACCUCGAAGAGCUGUUGCGUAUUCGGGAACGCUUUCACGUCUCGCUUGCUCUGUUUAAUCUCGGCGCGGCGGCCGUCGUGCUACCGGGAGCGUCCGAGCCGUUGCAGAUCACGAUGGACGGUGCUCAGGGUGCCCGGCUGUUCCGCGAGCUAGGCGCAGAUGUGCUGGUGCCGCUGCACUUCGAGGCUUGGGAUCACUUUUCGCAGGCUAAGGAGUCGCUAAAGGGUGUGCUAGACGAAGCGGGGAUUAAGGACAAGGUUCUCUGGUUGGAGCCUGGGAGGCCCAAGAAGAUUUUCUAGGGGGGCGAUAUCCAAAAGGUGGUGAUAAUGUUAAACAACUAUUGAUAAAAACCAUCGUAGCUCUUCUCCUGUUCACAGUCUCAAUUAUAUUAGGUAUUCCCGCAAGUAUCUAUCUACCUACCUUUUCUUUAUAUAAUACAAGAACAACUGUGGAUAGGUACGUUGCUGCACCAGCGUGGGAACAGGACAUGGCCUCAGGGAUCGUCUCUUUAUAAGGCUAUUUUGAAUUUGAAUGUAAUUGUAACAUCUAUACGAUCUUAAACGCGGUUAACUUGUUUAGGUAGCUAACGAUUACAUAUUUACGUGGUCUUGUACGAGAAGUUGAUUC